CCGCGCAUCUCCCGCCGUCCACGCCUCCACGACGCCCGCCAUCGACGGCAUCCACCACCGCCACGUCCGCAACCGCGAAACCGCACUCGUACGUCCACUCCUAUAUAAUCAUCCCUCCUCCCCCCCGGCCGGAGAGAUCACGACAUCGACGGAUCAUCCAAUCAUCCAAUCGCUGAGCUGAGCCAACUGUAUUAGUGUUCGUCCAUCUGUGACAGUUAGCAACAGAAGUAGUGUUGCUGCCAUGGCCGGAGCAGCGCUGCUGUUCCCGGCUACCGUCAUCGCCGCCGCCUGCGUCGUCCUCUCCGGCGGGGCGUCGGCGGCGCCGCCGGGGCGCGUGUUCGUCGUCGGCGGCGACGGGCCGAGGGGUUGGAGCCAGCCGACGGGCACCGACGAGACGUACAACCACUGGGCCUCCCGGAACCGCUUCCACAUCGGCGAUUUCCUCGAUUUCAAGUACGCCAAGAACGACUCGGUGGUGGUGGUGUCGCGCGCCGACUACAAGCUCUGCAGCGCCGACAAGCCGGUGCAGCGGUUCGACGACGGCGCCGACGUCAGGUUCCGCCUCGACAGGAACGGCAACUUCUACUUCAUCAGCGGCGCGCCGGGCCACUGCAAGGCCGGCCAGAGGAUGACGGUCCGCGUCAUGGCGGACCACGCCGCCAAGGGCGCCGGCGGCGGCGACUCCCCGGCCGGUGCGCCGUCGCCCGACGGCGACGGCGACGACGAGGACGACAGCGGCGGGUCGUACCGCACGCCGGGGUACGGUUACUCGUCGGGGUCGCCGCCGACGCCGCCGCACGGGAAUACCAGCGCCGCCGCCGUCGUCUCGCCGUCGCGUGGUGGUGGUGGUGGCGGCGGCUACCACCGCGUCGCCGGGGUUGCCGCCGCCGCGCUGCUCGUCUUGGCUUGAGAUGCUGCCACGUGGCUACGUCUGCCGCUUAAUUAGCUAGACUCAGUGAUGUAGUUUGUCGUGUGCUUCUUAAUUUAAACCUAUCAUAUUAGCUAGACUGGUGAUGUAAUUUGUUGGCUGUUAGAAAUGUUAAACCUGCUACUUAGUUUUCGUUAAUUACUGGUACCGUA